GCCACACACUCGACGCCCAAUAUGUCCAAUGCCCAAUUCUCCAACUACCCCGGCACGGAGUGCAUCCCCCGUGACUACCACUUCUCGCAGGUCGUCCGCAUCGGCAACACGCUGCGCACCUCGGGGCAGGGCGGCUGGGACGCCAACAGCAGCAUCGCCCCCAGCCGCAAGGCGCAGAUCGAUCUGGCCCUGCAGAUUGUCCUCGCCGCCCUGCGCGCCGCCGAGCCGCCCGCCACCUACAAGAAUGUGGUGUCGGUGCGCAACUACCACACCGACCUCGGAAGGACCUUUAUGAUGAUGCCCGCCGACUUCAAGGAGCUCGGCGCUGACCACCGGCCGAUGUGGACGUGUGUGGAGGUCAAGAGACUCGCCCUGGACGAAAUGGCGAUCGAGAUUGAGGUCGAGGCUCUUGUGUGA